AUGCCUGACACCGUAGACAAGGUCCAAGAAGAGGUUAUUGGCAGAGUUUCCAUCAAAGUGCCACCAUUCUGGAAGCGGAGCCCUGACCUGUGGUUCCUCCAGCUUGAAGCCCAGUUCCACACCAGUGCAAUCACAUCUGAUGUCACAAAGUAUUUCACUCUUGUUGGAAACCUUGAAGCAGAUGUCCUGACCGAAGUUCGAGAUGUAGUCACCAGCCCUCCUGCUACAGAAAAAUACAAUGGUCUGAAGAAUCGACUUCUAGCAGCGUUUCAAGAAUCUGAGCAGAAAAGACUCCAGACCCUUCUCAGUGGCAUUACUCUCGAUGGAAGACGACCAACUCAGCUGCUUUCUAAGAUGAGAGAGCUUGCGUCAUCCACUAUUUCUGAAGACAUCCUCAGAACCUUAUGA